UGUGCAUCCAGCUUGCAUGCCUAGAUAUGCUACCAUCAACGGCUAGCCUACAGUACGGAGCCCCUGAGGCGGCAACGGCCUGCGCUGGGUGAACAAUCGGACCUGGAAAGUGUCAGGGUGAUGGGUGCUUACCGCACUGUGGAUAUAUGUAUUGUGUGUGUGGUGUAGAUGGAAGUGGUGGUGUAGUCUGUGUCGUUGUGCUUGACCCCGUCCUCGGCACUCUGCCCUUGACCUUGCCCUUGACGGCCCCCUCGACGCUACGCUACCUUGCUCCGGCACACGCCCUCGUUGGCCGCCAGCCAGCCAGCCAGCCAGCCAGGGCUCACAGCUCAGCAAUGCACCGCAAGGCACAGCACAGCCAGCGCCAGUGCCAGUGCCGGUAGCUGUUGCAGGUCGGGGCGGCGAAAAAGAGAACAGCCAAGAGCUGGCAAUACCUGACCUCGCCUUUUUGCCUUUCAUCAUAGCUCCCUCCCCUCGUCCCAGAGAACCUUUUAUGUAAAGCUUGGCCCGCCGACGCAUUUCCUCCCCCCCGAUCAUCACCUUCCCUCCCAGAUAGCUGGCAUUGGUGCUCCAAUUUUUCCUCCAAUUUCCCCCGUGCCAUAGCAAGUCGAGAAACCCCCAGAGACACGUGAGACGGGCCUUGGAACUCUGGCACGCACGACCCGUGCCGAUCAGCACAGAGAGCCAGCUUGUCAGCUUGUCUACCCGUCCCCAAAACACCAGGCCGGCCAGGAGACUCUGCCCUGGGCUCCACGCUCUGCCCGCCCCACGCGGUAUCAAGACGGGCGUACCGGUACAAGACGGGUCGCAAGGUGGGAUGAAGGUGUGGUCGUCCAUGACUCUGUCCGGUUCCCCACGCCUUGCUCCAAGAUUGUUAUCCCAAACUCCCGGCUCCUCCCAGUCCUGACCGCCCGCCGAUCUUUGUCCUUUCUGUUCAACAACGCCAGAACCGCCAGCCCGCCCAAAAUUGAACACCAGCUGCUCCCCAAUCUCAGCCCUGGCACUCGCCUGUCCCACCUCCCACACGGCCCUAUCUCCUGGUCCUUGCAAGGUGGCAGGGACCAUCUGCCCAGCACCACCCAGCAGCGCUCAGCAGCACGCACCCAGGUCCUGCCUGCCCUGCCUGCCUGCCCUGCCUGCCUGCCACCCUGCCCCAACCCAAAUCCCUGCUGCCAGAGGUCAACCUCGCGCUGCAAACCCACGAACGAGAUACACGACCUGCCUAGCCUACCUGCCGUCUACCUACCUACCAGGCCUACCUGCCUGCGGCUUGCGACCUGUGGCCUCCUUUUCUCAGCACGGCUCCUUGUACCGCCGAUCGCUGCUCUCUGCUGGAGUCGUCACAGGCCCGCUGAAGACGUGUGGUCCCCACCAGUCCCGCGCACCACCACCAGACCAAGACACAACGUUCGGGCGAGCCUUUUGGGUCCAAACAACCGAUUGGCUCCAUCGCGCUAGUCCUCACCUUGCACAGGGGGCCACUGUCUUCUUCUCUGCCGUUCCUGUCAUCCUCCAUCCUGCCAGGCCUGCCACGCCUACCUUCCCUCGCGGCGCACUUAAGGUCGCUGAUCCCUCCAUUCUCGAAUAUCUCGCGUGUGUGCUGGAUCUCCAACCAGACUGAUCGAUUUCAAGGGAGCAAGGUCAAAAAGUCUCCCGUCUGCCACAAAGGUGACACGACUUUGAAUCCCCCUACGGAAUCCCGCAUCUGAUCAGCGAACCUUUUUUUUUUUCCUUCUUCUCCCUCUUUUCCCUCUAUCCCCUUCCUCCUCCUCCUACUUUCGUACUUUCGCACCUUUGCUCCUGCCGUUGCCAGACAAGUUUGCCCUCCCCCACGACAAGGCGAACCCACGCACGACGAGACUUGAGGACCUGAGCAGGACUGCACCUUUCCGCCCUGAGGAAAACCCACCACGUAUCGCCCUUGGCCGACUUCCUGGAGCUCGCACACACUCGCACACCACAGGCGCACAUAACCUGUCCAAUAUGACGAUGACAAUAGACGCCAACCAGCAACGUUACGGGCAUCUUCAAUUCGACAACAUGACUUCCUAUCCCACCCACUCGCCGCAGUUUAGCAAUCCCUGGGCGUCGUCCACGACCGCCCCCUCGAGUCACGCACUGUACGUGGCAUCGCAACCUGGACUGGCCUCCAACCCCAUGGGCCUGGAUCGCCACGCACAGCAGCCGCCCUCUCGGGCACCGGCCACUACCACCGCGCCGCUGGCCCCGUAUGGCUCCGUCCCGGUGACCUCAGCCUCAGCAGGCAGCCCUCUCAAUCUCCUCAGCAUAAACCGCAUGCCCCAUCCCAGCUCCGCACCCUCGUAUGCCGAGUCUGCCUACACGACCGCGGCCUCCCCCGUGCAUGCUACCUACGCUGCGUCACCCACCAGCUACGACAGCAUGGGCUACCCGUCCUCCUCGGUGCGGCACAACUUCGGUCUGGCGCCCGACGCGGAUCCCCACAGAAGAGGUAUCAGCGACGACAGACGAAGCUUCCAGGAUGCCAUUGAGGCCAGCCAUGGCAUGCUUUCAAUGAAGUUCGACACCAGCAACCAGGAGACGCCCCGCGCCGGUGUCUACAACAACCGUGGCCGCGCCUCGGGAGACUCGUAUGGGUUUCCUUCGGCACAUUCGACCUCGUCCAGCGUCUCGUCGACAGGCUUCAGCCCUUACUACGGAUCUGUGGACGGGAGCGUCAGUGACUACUCGACAGCUGGCUCCGACAUCGAGUCUGUCGGGGGCUCCAGGACGCUCCCGCGCCCCCAAGGUCUGAUGCACAACCAGCCCCCGGCUCCGCAGUCCAUGAUGGGACAGUUCAGCUCCAAGGUGUCCAGCAGCACCCAGAAAAAGCACAAGUGCAAGGUCUGCGAUAAGCGCUUCACACGACCCAGCUCAUUGCAGACUCACAUGUACAGCCACACAGGAGAGAAGCCUUUCAAAUGUGAGGUCGAGAACUGCGGUCGGCAUUUCUCAGUUGUGUCAAACCUCCGUAGACAUCGGAAGGUGCACAAGGGUGAUGCCCGGUCUGACGCCGGCAGUGAGGAUCACCAAUCUGACUAGAGAGUCCAACCAACCUCGCGACAUGCCAUUGAGCUAUACCAAUCGAUAUUAGACCCGCGACUGUACAAUAUUGCAACCCCACGAAGCCUGAAAGACGACCGAGUCGACGAGCGGCCUCAUUCUACCCUUCUUCGCUCACGCAUCGCCAGUUGGGCUGAUAGAUUUACCACCUUCUAAUUCUCAUCAUUCGCUGUCUAUACCCCCCCCCCCUUUUUUUUUUUUUUUUUUACGAUUCGUUCUCGGCCUCUUGGUCGGGCCAUGAGCAUAGCCGACACGGGUGCAUCGGCAGGAACUGGUUCGCGUCGUGCAUACCAUCCCGGAGUGGGGUGGAAUCUGGGUGCGGCAAAAAGUUGCAUGUUUCAAAAUUUUGGGGACCAGAAGACUUAUACCCGGUUGUUCGAGCGAGUUAUUCGGUCGUUUUCGGCAGUGCAUUCUUCGAUUCCAGUGAUUGACAGGCACUUCGCUCAUCAGAAAUUACAAAGGGAAGCAUUGGUCUCCUUCCGACUGGAGCGAGCGGACGCGCCGACGCGCGAAACGAGUUCGCCCGACGACACUUGGAGCGAGACUCGAAACCGGGUAAUUGAGAGCCUCGACCAGCAUCGCUUUCGAAUUCGAAUCCGUCGGUAUUACUCCCCAUUUCGGUUUGGGGCAAUUAUCUUUUUGUCUGGGGUCACCGUCACUUUUGUUGAUGCUUUCAACACAACCUGUUGUGGAAGAUGACUCUGGGUCUUGUGUGGCAGGCCAGCAGGCUAGGAGCGAAACCCCUCUUACCUGGCCGGGCCCUAUUCCAAUGAGUAAAACGGCGUUCAAUGGUGGUUCUGACUCUUUUGUCUUUUUACUGGCUCACUUUGUUGGUCUGGCGGACUAGCCUCGGUGUACGGGAUCAUGUUUUUUUACUGGGCGGGGACGGUCACGGUUUUGGUCCCAUCUCUGAGCCGGCGCUGCUCAAUGUCUAUCGCUUGAUACCACCAACCAACACACAACCCACCUAAUGUCUUUCGCUUAUACAUCGAUACCUGGAGCAACACACACCAAACGCUCGCUAAUUACUACACUAUACACACUUAUUAUAUUUCACGGUCGCUACAUGGAAUCUGGGGGUUGGGAAUGGGAGGAAUAUACUUGGCAAUGGGAACUAGAUGUCUCUCAUGCUCCCAGUAGUGAGGACCACUAAAGGAGACGGAGCUACCAGCACGGACAUGCGGAAGGGGCGUGGGAAGGUUGGGAGGGGCGGUUAAAGGCCUUGAAAGGAGUUAUCUUGGGGAUUUGUUUUGUUUUGGUUGGGGUUCUUCUUGCUCUACUUUUCCAUCUGGUUUGUCUUGAAUGCAUGAUUCCUUUUCGGUCUCCUCUGCUGACCCACGCCCCCUCUCCCACCUUAAAGUCUACUGAUGUGCUGUGCGGGAUUGAGAAGCUGGGGGCAAAGGAACUUUGAGGCACACAGAACGAACACUCUUGUCACUCGACUGUACUACUAGCUGAGCGAAAGAAAGUGGAUCUGUGACAGGGCCUACUCUAUGGUCCCGAUCCAAAAUAAAACUUCUUGGAACUGAG